AUGGCACAGGAAAAUAAGAACAAGCCUAAGCCUUGGAUUGCCAAUGAUCUGUUGAAGUUUCCAUCUCAGUCAUACACUCACAGCUUUAAAGGAAGUACACAUUUGGCCAGAGUUAUCAUCACAGAGGAUGGAGAAUGUUUGCUUGAAGAUGGUCACAACAAAAUUCUGGCUGUUUUUGCCUCUGCUCCCAGAAGUACACUUGAAUGGAAUCCUCACAGACAACCAGUUGAGUUAAAACAUGGUACAACAAUCAGAAUUCUUGCAUACACCUUUGACAUCAUCACAACACAGGAUGAGAACUGCCUGUUUGUGCUUGUUGUGAAUAACUGGCAACACACAACUGAUGGCCUAGCUGGCAGCUUGGAGCAGUCCACUGAUGUGAAUUUGUUAGAAGCUGUGAGAAACUGUCUCCAUGGCUGUUUUAUGACAUGGUCUGGUGCAGAGAGAGGUUCAGGUUUUCAGCAGCAAAGAAGCGGUCAGAAUCUAUCUCGUCUAGGCAGACUAGCUGAUCACAGUCCAAGUCAGAAUCUAACCAGUCAGAGCAAUAGUCAGAAUCUAUCUUGUCUAGCCAAAUUAGCCAAUCAAAGUGAUAGCCAGAAUCUGACCAAUCAAAGCAGUAGUCAGAAUCUGUGUUGUCUAGCCAGGCUAGCCAAUCAGAGCAACAGUCAGAAUCUAGCUAAUCAGAGUGAAAGUCAAAAUCUAGCCAGUCAGAGCAACAGUCAGAAUCUAGCCAGUAACAGCAACAGUCAGAUUUUAUCUUGUCUAGCUAGGUUAGCCAAUCAAAGCAAAAGUCAGAAUCUAGCUAAUCAGAGUGAAAGUCAAAAUCUAUCCAGUCAGAGCAUUGGUCAUAAUCUA